UAAUUAUCUUGAAAUCUCUUCAGGUAUAAACGAACCACCUGUUGCUAUCUUGAACACAUCGAACAGUGAUUCGGUUUUUGAAAAGUCACUCCUGGUCUGCCUAUCUGCAAUAAAUAGAGCGUUUCUUCACGCCGAUUAGCAUUAUUAACAUUUUGCGAGUCGACCGGAGCAGCAGAAUUCUUUAGAGCUCCUCAAUCUGAUAAAAUAGGAACCAGUGAUAUCAUUGUGACCUCUGGAAUGGCGGCUAAGAAACUAGAUGCUAUUAUCUUUGGAGCCACUGGCUUUACUGGCAAGUACACAGUCCUGGAGGCAGUGAGCGUGCUUAAGGGUCUGACAUGGGGUGUGGCCGGACGCAACCCGGAGAAACUGCAAGCGGUUCUCAAAGAGAUUGGGUCAAAGUCCAAAACAGACCUUUCCCAAACACCCGUUGUCAUCGCGGAUGUGAAUAACGAAUCGUCAUUGCUGGAGAUGGCCAAGCGCUGCCGGGUGGUGGUAAACACGGCAGGACCGUACCGCUUCUUUGGCGAAAAGGUCGUUAAAGCCUGCAUCGAGGCAGGAACCCAUCACGUGGAUGUCAGUGGAGAGCCGCAGUACAUGGAGCAAAUGCAGCUGCGAUACAACGAUCUUGCCAAGGAACGCGGGGUGUACGUAAUCAGCGCUUGUGGCUUUGAUUCUAUACCCGCGGACAUGGGAGUUACCUUCAUCGAGAAGAAUUUCGAUGGAGUAGUUAACUCCGUUGAAAACUUUGUCCACAUGGGCGUCAAAGGAGGCACCAAGGGAACUGGAAGCGCUGCUUUAAACACUGGAACUUGGGAAAGUGCCAUUUUUGCGAUCGCCAACAGAGGUGAAAGCUUGGCCAUCCGCAGGAAGCUGUUUCCAGAACGCCUGCCAAAGUUCCAGCCGGCGCUAAAGAAUCGUUCCCCAUUAUCCCGAGCCCCUGAGGUGGACAAUAAGGUUAUCCUGCCAUUCCCAGAAACAGAUCGUUCCGUUGUCUACCGUUCUCAAAGGUUUCUUUAUGAACAAGAGAAGAAGCGUCCCGUUCAGAUGCAGGCCUACAUGACGUAUCCCUCCUGGUUCGCAGCCAGCGUGGUAGUUCUCUUUGCUACGGUGAUUGGAAUAAUGAGCAAGUUCGCUUUUGGCCGACAACUGCUCCUAAAGUAUCCCCAGAUCUUCUCCGGUGGAAUGGCUUCGCCGGACGGUCCCAGUGAGGAGCGCAUGGAGCGUUCGUUCUUCAGGAUGACCAUGAAGGCCACAGGCUGGCCAAAAUCUGAGAAACUGGCUGAGAGCACGGACCCGUACAGCACUCCGCCAUCGCAGACCUUGACCGUGAAAGUGACCGGUCCCAAUCCCGGCUACGGAUCCACCUGUGUAGCUCUCUUGUCUACUGCGAAGACCAUUCUAAACGAGAGUGACAAGAUGCCUGGAACUGGAGGAGUCCUGCCCCCAGGAGCCGCCUUCCGCGACACCAGUCUUAUUACCGAGCUGGGAAAGUACGAACACGGCAUCAAGUUCGAGAUUGUGGGAAAUAGUAAACUUUAAAUGGAACUGUAGUAUAAAUGUUCUGAGUGGCUAUGUAUAUACUAUCUAAAUCACGCAAUAAACAAACAAAAAUAAUACAAA